AUGGAAUCGUCUACAUCCAUCGGAUAUGCGAGCGCCACAACGGCAGCCUUGCCUCCCUCUGUUGCCGCUUCCUCAAAUUCCGCCACAUCCACAACUCCCGCAACGCCAGCAGCAACGGCUUCGGCUCCCGCGGCAGCUUCUCUUCCCAGUGCCAAAACGACGAAUGACUCCAGUCCCCAGAAAUCGUUUUUAGAAACUCAAGAAGAAGGAGUCUUGAAUGAUGUAUUGGAAGAACUGGAUCGAGAACGAACCAAACGGGCCGAACUGGAAUCCCGUGUUCGCGAGUUGGAACAGAAUCUGCACACGGAAAAACGCAAGAGUAGCCAAUCCAGCAACGUUUCAGCGAGGGAUUACAUGACACUUCAGGCAGAGGCAGGUGGCUACUUGGAAUUGCUGAAUGCACUGACUCAAGCUCGCCCCGCCUUUUCCACCAAACAAAAGUUGCCCGUUCAUGUCGUGCGAAUGCUCGAAAUCAUUCCGUGGGAUCCAAGGGCCCGUCCACAUUUGUUUGCACAAGAGAAGGUUUAUGAGUGGCAAAUGUAUCGAUCCGAUAAAUCUUGGCAAAAGGAACUCCGGUAUUUCCCAGUCUUUUUCAAGACACUUCCCAUUGUCAAUCCCGAACCUGGCCGGACAGUCAACGAGACGCCCAGCAGUGCAUCCCCUCCCAGACAAUGCGUACUCACCAACUUGGAUAUAUCCCAGAUUGUCAACAUUGACAAGGGCUAUCCACUUCCACAAGAUGGUGGAGAUUGGCAAUGGAUUGGUGGAUGGAGAAUUGAAAAGACGGGAGAUACCGACGAAAAGGGUUGGUCGUACUCGAACAGCCCUGAAAUUGCCUCGGCUUCCAGCUCGGAUUACUAUUCGGAACUUAGAAUGCCCAACGUGGGUACUCGCAACAUUAUCAAACGACGUCGGAAAUGGACUCGCUCUCGCGUCAUGAUUGAUUAUCCACAGGCGUCGGAAAUGACCAAGGAAUAUCUCAAAUUAGUGGCCCAAAAGGCGUCUUUGGAUGUGAGUCUAGAAAAGCUGUCCAACCAGCUGGUGGAUACCAAAAUGAGUUUGACCACAUUGGAGGCAGAGCAUUUGUCUCUUGAGGAAGAGUUGAAGAUGCAAAAGGCCAAAUUGGAGAAGGAGAUUGCCGAAAAGAACCAAAUUUUGGAACUCUUGGACGAAGGUUCGGAAGGCUUGUUAGUGGCAGCAGCUGCCGGCAUUAGCAGUGGUAGCGACACUGCUGCAAAGGAUGGUACUGCGACAAAUUCAAAGGUUGUUCAAGUCAAUGAAUUGCGAUCCGUCGUUACCCAGUGGGUGUCAAAUACAGUGUCCAAGAAGCAAUCCGUUGUGGAAGAUGCUGUCAACGAGAACAAGGCUUCAGACGACGAUGUCAUUGGCGCCAGCAUGGAAGAUUCUGCUUCUGCUGCUACUUCUAAUACUGCCGUCUCGAGACAAAUCAUGUUUGAUUCGUUACGUUUCAAAGGACGAGACUUGUUGGAAAACAUCAAGGCCAAGGGUGGAGAUGAGAUUGAACGCAUCAAAGUGGCGGGUGCGAUUGAACGCAUCAAGCAAACCGGUGUGAAAUCGCUCUGGCAACAGCAGACCAAGGAGGAGGACAAUGGAAGUAUUAAUAAUAACGACACCAGCAAAUCGAGGUCUGGGUCCAUUGAUAUUUCGGAAGAUGGUAACAACAGUACGGGUUAUGAAGUGUAG